AUGAAGGAUCGGUACUUUGGUUGCAGGGGUGAUCUGCUCACCAUCUGGGUGACAAUAUGUUGCGCCAGUGCGAUGACACUAUAUGGUUAUGACCAAGCAGUAUUCAGCGGUGUCAUCAUCACCGAGGACUUCCUGCAAGUCAUGGAUCAACCCAGUGCCAACAUGACCGGAACCAUCACCUCGCUGUAUGAUUUAGGUUGCUUCUUUGGCGCUGUCUCGGGGACAGUCUUCGGAAGCAUCCUGGGGCGCAAGAAGUCCGUCAUUGGGGGCACCGUCGUGAUGAUGAUCGGAGCCAUCUUGCAAAUCUCCGCCUACUUGGUCCCACAGACGAUCGUCGGCCGUCUGGUCGCUGGCCUAGGCAACGGCCUGAAUACCGCCACGGUGCCUGUUUGGCAGAGCGAGUCUGCCAAACCCAGCUGGCGUGGGAAGCUGGUGGUAUUUGGCCUGGUCGUCAACGUCGCUGGGUUCUGCAUUGCCAACUGGGUCGACUUUGGCUUCUCCUAUCUAUCCGGAGGCAUCUCAUGGCGGUUCCCCUUGGCCCUGCAGCUUCUGUUUGGAAUUAUCAUCCUGGCCACUGCUCCUUGGCUUCCUGAAUCUCCUCGGUGGCUCAUUUCUCAGGACCGAAUCGAAGAGGCCACUCAGACCCUGGCGGAUGUGCAUGGAGAUAACGCCACGCCAGUGCACCCCGCGGUACUCAACGCCUAUCGCGCCGAACGCGAUAAUGCUGUCACAUGGGGAGACCUGCUGCGCAACAGGACCGGAGAUGGCGGCCGAGGCACACUACGCCGCUUCUGCCUCGGACUCGGAACACAGAUCAUAGUUCAACUGUCUGGCGUCAAUGCAACUUCAUACUACCUUCCUACAGUCUUGACAGCCUCGGUCGGCCUGCCUGAUAAGCUGGCCCGCCUGCUAACGGCCGUCAACGGGAUCCACUACACCUUCUUCUCGUAUCUGGGGAUGAUGCUGAUCGACAAAUGGGGCCGACGUGGCGCGAUGCUCUUCGGCACGAUUGGCUGCGCCUGCUGCUACCUGGCCCUGGCUAUCUUGAUCUGGGUGGGUGAUAGUACCACUAACUCUUUCCGCAAUCACAACUAUGGCGCGGCCUCUGUCUCGAUGAUUUUCCUCUAUUACGCCUACUUCGGUACCGGCUGGCAGGGCACGGCGUGGCUGUAUAACACCGAGAUCAAUUCACUGCACAUGCGGAUGAAGGGCGCCUCAGCCAGUGUGGCCGCCCAGUGGGCCAUCAACUACAUGGUGGUGCAGGUCACUCCCGUCGGCAUCCAAAACCUGGGAUGGAAGUUCUAUCUCAUCUGGGUCUUCUUCAACUGGGCCUCCAUACCCAUUAUCUACUGCUUUUACCCGGAGACAGCCAAUCGCCGACUCGAGGACAUCGACACGGUCUUUAAGGACGGUCUCCGCUUCUGGGUCUUCCGGGACCACGAAGCCGUGCAGGUGCAGCGGCCGGAGCGCUUCAUUGCCAUGGACCUUCGGGAAGAGCAGACGAUCGUUCUUGAUAUGAAGGGUGGUGACGCAGAGCACGUAGUUGACGCAACAGGCUAA